AUGACAGUACGUAAAGGAUUCAGCUUUGAAUUGAUAAGUCCUCUGGUUGAUAUUCUUGUCGCUACCGAGAUGCGAGAUGUCUGUGACUGUUUUCCAGUAUACGACAAGUAUAAUGGCAGCUCAUCCGAAGAAGAAGAGGAAUCUGAUGAGGAGGUGGUCCUACCUCGUCGAACUUCGCAAUUCCGCGUCGCUUCAAAUGCUUCAGAGGUGAAGGCCGCUGUGCUAAACGAAAUUCGUGACAUGGCUCCGCAACAACAACAGAAUGAGGUUGUUGUAACUGAACAAAAGAUUGUCGAGAAGACUGAAGAAGAGAAACGCGCUCUUGAGGAACGUCAGCAAAUGCUCAAGCAGCAAGAGACAGCAAGGGCUCAGCAAGCUGCAGCUCUCCAACAAGCCGCUGCCGCCAGGGCAGCAGCAGCAGCCGCCGCUCCUCCUGCAGCAGACGACAAUCAUAAAAAGGAGGAGGAAUAUGCACGGCAGAUGGAGGAAGAAAUGAAAAGGAAAGCUGAAGCGGCCAGAGCCCAGGCGGAAGCUGAAAGGAAGGCAGCCGAGGAGCGCCAGGCACAAAUGAAAGCACAACAAGAAGCAGCACUGAGAGCAGCGGAGGAACAAACAAGGAAGGCUCAAGAAGAAGCUCUCCGAAAAGUCCAGCAGGCCAAAGCGGAAGCCGAAGCGAAGGCUAAGAAGGAAGCAGAGGAAAAGGCAAAAGCAGCAGCGCAAGCAAAGGCGUUAGCUGAUGCUCAGGCAAAGGCGGCUCAGGCAAAAGCACAAGCGGAGGCUCAGGCGAGAAAAGCACAGGAAGAAGCUAAAGCUAAAGCAGCUCAGGCAAAGGCUCAGGCUGAAGCACAAGCCAAGAAAGCUCAAGCAGAAGCACUUGAAAAGGCGAGAAAGGCUCAAAUCGAGGCGCAGGAGAGAGCUAAAGCCCAACAAGCUCAACAGAAAGCAGCAGCAGCACAACCGAAGGCUCCAGCUAAACCUGCAGCAGCUCCGGCCGCACCGAAAGCUGCUCCUGCACCGCCAGCUAAGCCAGCCCCUGCCGCACCUCCGCCAAAGAUCAAGCCCAAACCAGACCCUGUUCCAUUGAAAACUAACGAACCCAUCAAAGCUCCACAGCGUACUCCUGGAAAGGUGGCUGCUGAGAUGCCACAAUUCAAGCAGUAUGAACCUCGAGUCAUUGACCUGCCGAAAGACUCCACUCUCAAGCAGACAGCAAAGGUUGUAUACGGUACUUCAUCAGAGGGUUCUGGCGUCCUUAAUGGCAAGAAUUUCCGAGUUUCUGAAUUCCCUCUGGAAAUGAAUGAAAAGGUUCUGAUUCAUGGAACUUUUGAGCCAUGA